AUGCUGGCAUCCGAGUUACCAUUCGAAAUCCUUCACAAAAUUGGCAUGUUCCUUUGCCAAUCAGACUUGGUGAAAUGCACCAUGGUCUCCAAAACGUGGAAGCAGCCAUUUCUCGAAGCUUUGUGGAGAUUCAGACUCAUAAUAAAGCCAAGUACUCUCGACGCAAUCUUAGACACUACCUCUAAAGAGAACAUAUACACAAAAUAUGGCCGCCACACGCGAGAGCUUGGGUUUGCGGGCCCUAUUGUUUUGAAACAAGGGUCAAUAUUUAUCAUCCAACAGCGUUUCCAAAACCUAAAGGCAUUAAACUUAUUAAUGCUUGACGGCCAAAUUAUCGAUCUAGGAGGAUUGGCAGAUUGGGAUCUUUGGAGUACACUGACAUAUCUAACCAUCAACGCCAAUCUAUUGAAUCCUGUUAGUGGAAAAGAUGAGAUCAUAAAUGCCUUCAAGUGUCUGCCAAAACUGGAAUCAUUAAUUGUUCAGCAAGAUGAGUGGAGAAAAGUGCUCGAAUUCUCAUUGACAGACUUCGAGAACCUGCACACCUUUUUACCAUGUGUAAGAACCCUAAAGCUGGAUGCAAGUCUUGCAGAACUUACCAACGCAGAUGCAGAACUUCUCACGCAUGUUACCCCAGCACUCGAUUUAUCGUUUGCAUCCGUUUGUUUUGGAGCCAAGGAUCUUCGCUGGCUGUACUACUUUGCACAAAAAUACCCAAACGUGCGUAUACUGGAUUGUAAAUCGAGUGACCAAUACAUCACACAGUACACCCACCAGACUGAAACCGCUAGUAUGCUAUCCAAGCUUCCGUCUGUCUUUCCGCACGUCAAAAAGGCAGAAUUCUGGAGUCCCUCAAACUCUGACGACCUGCUGAUCAUUCUGUGUGGACUCUUACAUCCGUUCAACGUGCCGAUAUCUCACUUAAAAUACAGGUUUCGACAUCGUCUACGCGAAGUAGUUUCCCCAGACGAAAAAAUCCAGCAAUGCACGCGUCUACUGCCCAAAACUCUUACUACACUAUGCAUCAUAAAUCAACAAAACACUAGACUUUCUCGUUUCAAUACAACAGCAUUAAGAUAUUGCCCAAAUCUGGUCUAUCUAAGCAUCAGUGACCGCGACGCAUUCAUCUCAUUCGACCUUCUCUUGGACUUUUGUCAGCAUCUAAAAAUAUUUAAACUCGACCAAGGACUACUUCUACUUAGUACAGAGACCAGUUUCGAUUCCCCAAAUCAUGGGCUAGAAGCUAUUGAUAUUUCUAGAGCAAGCAUUAGUGUUCCAACCUUCGAGUAUACAUCAAUACGUUGCGAGCUUCUAGAAUGUAUGCGCUUAAAUGAUGUCAAAAUUGUAGGAGCCAUUGAAAAACGCACAGGGAGCUUUUGUAUCUCGAUGGCCUUUACUUCUUUUAGGCUUUUGCACCUCAACAAAGUUCAGUUCUACCCAACCGACUACAUAACCGUAAACAAACCCAUACAUCUGGUAGUACUUUCCCGAUACACUACAGUCACCCAAAAUAACCACCAUCCAAAACGACAUACUCAUCUUCGGGAAGAUUACUAUCCAAGAGAGGUGUUUGAAUACAUGUGGCACCAUACAUAUUGUAACGAUCGAUCCGAUUACGACAGACUACCCCAAACAAGAAUGCUGACAAGGAAGGAGACAAAAAUUGCUCGUAGAUAUUUCCGCAGCUCACGUCGAAAUAAGCACAUAGGCGAAGACGAUAGUGCGGAUCGUAGUAUUGAGGGACACGUUCAAGAGAACGAAUGGGAGAAAGACCUUCACAGAGGAUAUGUUUCAUUCUUCUGCCAGUACAUACAUAAGUAUGAGUUUGGAGGCAAUAUGAUGUAUAGUUUGGAUAUAAAGACUAUGAUUCAGUAUUCAAUUUACAGUCACUUAUCAAAAGUAAGAUUUUACAGGAAAGGCUUUAACAUCACUUCUACCGAUAUUCAAACCUUUAAGUAUACGGAGUACGAUACAGAAUAUCUUCUGAUUCUGAAUAUAAGAUAUAUAAACCUUGAGGAAAUAUAUCUCAAGCCAUGA